AGCCGUUUGGUUCAGACAAUUUUCGACAGUGGAGUACAGAAUCGUGAUCCCUGGUUGUGUAUUCGCCAUGCCGGUAUUCAGCAAGAUGUCGAGGAGCCGCACAACGGGUGUGAUGCUGGCCGGGGGAGUGGCGACUCUGUUGGCCCCAGCGUUCGUUGCCCCCGGAGUGCCCCGCGCUGAGGUCAGCACAGUGACUCAGACCUCUCAGAUGGCUCAAGCCGCCCCCGUGCGGUCCGAGCCAAGUCUUACCGCAGUGGCCGGCGUGGCUAUGGCGGGUGCGGCUAUGGCCGCAGGUGCCGCAGGUGCCCGGGGUACUCGUCGGGCCAAAGGCCGCACGGUUGUCGCUGCGCAACCCAUGGGCCCAACGGAGGGGCAGCCCAUGGAGGGGCCUCAGUUGAGCAAGUUGACCGCCCUUGCCCAAGAGCUGCUGCAGAAGCCCUCGCCCCAGCAGCUGCAGCGCCUGGUGCUCGAGCUCCGCAGCUUCGCCGCUGCAGAGCUGCAGAGGGCGCACGCGGCCCCCGCGCGCCGGAGCGCCUUCGCGGAGGUUGCGGAGGGCGCGGAGCAGGCGCUGCGCAGCGGCGUGGAGGGCCAGCUGCGGUGGGCCGCCAGCGCCGCGGCAGCGAUGCUCCUGAGCAACGUGGUGACCCUGCAGCCAGCACAGGCGGCGGAUGUGGUGAACUACUCCGAAUUCCUGGAGUCGGUGAACCGGGGAGAUGUGGAGAUGUUCCGGGUGCAGGAGGAUAUGCUCUCUGCGCAGUACACCACCAAAGACGGCUCCCGUCGUGAAGUGAACCUCAUUCCCAACGCGCAGAUCGAGGAUCAGCUCUUCAAUCAGCUAGCGGACAAGAAGGUUGACGUCGUGGUGGGGACCAACCAGCAGGCCAGUCCCUUGGACUUCCUGCGGCGCUUCGCGGGCCCCCUGGCCUGGCUGGUGGCGGGGCUCCUGCUGCUCUUCGGGGGGCCGUUGGGCGGCGCGGCCGGGCCCGGCGGCGGCCCAGGUGGGAACCCCUUUGAGUUGGGCAAAGCCAAGGCGCGUAUUGCCAAGGACGGAGAGACGGGCACCAAGUUUGCGGACGUCGCCGGCUGCGACGGCGCGAAGCAGGAGUUGGUGGAGGUGGUCGACUUCCUGAAGAAUACCUCCAGAUACUCCGAGCUGGGCGCGAAGAUCCCCAAGGGUGCCCUGCUGGUGGGCCCCCCGGGCACUGGCAAGACCCUGCUGGCGAAGGCCGUGGCCGGCGAGGCGGGGGUGCCGUUUUUCAGCAUCGCGGCCUCGGAGUUUGUGGAGGUCUUUGCCGGGGUGGGCGCUUCGCGGGUGCGGGACCUCUUCGAGCAGGCCAAGAAGUCUGCUCCUUGCAUCAUUUUCAUCGAUGAGAUUGAUGCCGUUGGCCGGCAGCGCAGUGCAGGCUUCGGCCAAGGCAACGAUGAGAGGGAGCAGACUGUAAACCAACUGCUCACGGAGAUGGACGGCUUCGAGGCCAACAAAGGUGUGGUGGUCAUUGCCGCCACCAACCGCGCGGACAUCCUGGACCAGGCGCUGGUGCGACCUGGCCGUUUCGACCGUCAAAUCCAAGUGGAUCCCCCAGACGUUCAGGGCCGCACGGAGAUCCUCAAGGUCCAUGCCAAGUCCAAGAACUUGGCACCAGGCGUGGAUCUCACGUCCAUCGCCCGGAUGACCCCUGGCAUGUCCGGCGCGGACUUGGCGAACCUGCUGAACGAAGGCGCCAUCGUGGCGGCGCGCCAGAACAAGACUGAGAUUGACCAGGACGACAUCGCGAACGCUCUGGAGAGGAUCGCCAUCGGUUUGGAGAAGAAGGAUGCAGUGAUGAGUGAGAAGAAGAAGCGGUUGGUGGCCUAUCACGAGGCUGGCCAUGCCAUCUUGGGCGCAUUGAUGAACGACUACGACGUCGUCGCCAAGAUCAGCAUCGUGCCCAGGGGGCCUGCGGGGGGGGUGACCAUCUUCACCCCUUCAGAAGAGCGCCUGGAUUCGGGGCUCUACACCAAGGAGUUUCUGGAGAACCGGAUGUGCGUGGCGCUGGGAGGGCGAUUGGCGGAGGAGAUCAUCAAUGGCAAGGACAACGUCACCACCGGGGCCUCCAACGACUUCCAGCAGUGCACGCAGGUCGCAAAGCAGAUGGUGAUGUCGCUGGGCAUGUCCCCGGCGAUCGGGCAGCGGCUGUUGGGCGGCCAGCAGGGGGGCGGGCCCUUCAUGGGCCGAGACUUCAUGGGUCAGAGCGCGCCGCCCAUGUCGCAGGCCUUGAGGCAGCAGGUGGAUGAUGAGGUGAAGCGCAUUGUGGAUGAGCAGUACAAGCGUGGCAUGAAGCUGCUCACUGACAAUAUGUACCUGCUGGAUGAGCUUGCCAAGACCCUGAUGGAGCAGGAGAAGGUUGGUGGUGAGGAGUUGGUGAAGAUGAUCAACAAGGCCGCUGCUGAAGGCAAGCUGGUCAUGGCGCAGCAGAUGGCCACUGCUGCCUACGUGGGUGAAGCCAGCGAGAACAGCGGCACCAGCCGCGCCGCGCUGCCAGCGCAAGUCCACCAGGUCCGUGGCCAAAGAAGCCCCGGCCUCUGCGGAAGCCGCGCUCUGCCUCUGCGCAGCCGGGCUGCCAGGGCCACCCGCAGUGCGGUGGCGCGGUAUGGCCUUGCCACGGAGGUGGAGGCGGCAAGCGAGUGCACCAGCGAUGAGGUGCUGCGCAAGGUGCAGCAGGUGGCAGACUCACAGGGAGCGCUGCCAGAGCAGGCCGUCCAGGCUGCUGCUGCUUCGUUCUUGGUGGCUUUGGCCUCCACCGCAGCGCCUCUCGCGGCCUCGGCCGAGGCUGUGCCGACUGACGUGGCCGUGCAGCAGGCGGCACCGCUGGCCCCGGCGCCGGCGCCGGCGGCUCCGCAGAUUGGGUCGCUGGUGGACAGAGUCACCUACUCCAACUUGCUGCAGCUGGUGGAUGAGGGCCAGGUGGCCCGCCUGGACUUCUACGACAAGGGCCGCACCGGGGUGGCCAGCGUGGUGGGCAAGCAGCAGCAGCUGGUGGCGGAGCUGCCCGCGGGCACCACCGGGCUCAUCAACAAGCUCCUGGAAAAGCAGAUCCAGAUCGAGGUCCACACGCCGGAGAAGCCCAACCCUCUGCUGGGGGCCUUGGGCGAUGCCGCCCUGCCUCUUCUGCUCAUCGGCGGCUUGCUCUAUUUCCGGUCCAGGGGCCCUGGCACGGGCGGCAUCCCGGGCAUGAACCAGAAGGCGCAGAUCAUGAUGACGCCGGAGACUGGUGUGAAGUUCGAGGACGUGGCAGGCAUCGAGGAGGCAAAGCAGGAGCUGACGGAGAUCGUAGACUUCUUGCGGGCGCCCGAGCGCUUCGUGAAGGUGGGCGCCAAGAUCCCCCGAGGCGUCCUGCUGCGCGGCCCUCCGGGAACAGGCAAGACACUCAUGGCCAAGGCCUUGGCGGGGGAGGCCAAGGUGCCCUUCAUCCAGGCCUCCGCGUCGGAGUUCAUUGAGCUCUUCGUGGGGGUGGGCGCCUCACGUGUCCGCGACAUCUUCAAGCAGGCCAAGGAGAACUCUCCGUGCAUCGUCUUCAUCGACGAGCUGGACGCCAUCGGCCGCCAGCGCGGCGCGGGCAUGGGCGGCGGCAACGACGAGCGCGAGCAAACCCUGAAUCAGAUCCUCACUGAGAUGGAUGGCUUUGAAGGCAACAGCGGGGUCAUUGUAGUGGCUGCCACCAAUCGCGCAGACAUCUUGGACAAUGCCUUGCUGCGGCCGGGUCGUUUUGACCGCCGGGUCACAGUGGGUCUGCCGGAUGUCAAGGGCCGGGAGCAGAUCCUGAACGUGCACGUGAAGAACAAGAAGCUGGCGGAAGAGGUGACGCUUCUGGACAUUGCCAAGCGCACAGCUGGCUUCAGCGGAGCAGAUCUCGAGAAUCUCAUGAACGAGUCGGCCAUCCUGGCGGCGCGGCGCAACAAGACGGGCAUCACCAUGCUGGAGAUCAACGAUGCGACUGACCGGGUCAUCGCUGGCCUCGAGGGCCGGGCCAUGCCCGACAGCGCCUCCAAGAAGCUGGUGGCCUAUCACGAGGCAGGCCACGCAGUGGUGGGCACCAUGCUGCCGUACCACGACCCCGUGAACAAGGUGACGCUGAUCCCCCGGGGCCAGGCCAAAGGCCUCACCUGGUUCACUCCUGGGGAGGACCAGAGCCUCAUCUCAGCGGCCAUGCUGAAGGCGCGCAUCUCGGGGGCCUUGGGUGGCCGCGCGGCGGAGCAGCUGGUCUUCGGCACAGACCAGGUCACCACCGGGGCCGGGGGAGACUUGCAGCAGGUGGAACGCAUGGCCCGCGCCAUGGUCACACAGUUCGGCAUGUCCCAGGUGGGCUCCAUCGCCAUCGACGAGGGCGGUAUGAUGGGCCCCAGCUACUCCGAGGCGUUGAGCAGCGAGAUCGACGGGGCCGUGAAGUCCAUCUCGGAUGAGUGCUACCUGAGGGCCCUAACUCUGCUCGCAGAGCAUCGGGCUGCCUUGGACAAGAUUGCAGAGGAGCUGUGCGAGGUGGAGACCAUGUCCGGGGAGCGACUGAAGCAGAUCUUGGAGGAGCACACCGCGGUGCCCGAGAAGCUGACAGCGGUCUGAGCGGAGAAAAAAACACCACCGGUUUGAGGCCAAAGACGUCGGCCAAAUCGGGGGGCUGUAUAUAUUUAGCGACUAAACAACAAAAACAAAGCCGUCUUUCUUUUUUCCGGGAAAUGGACGUCCGGAAGAAAAUGGCUUUGGGUCUCUGCUGAAAAAAGGCAGGCUAGCAAUGAUUUAAUUCCAAGGGUGAACACAAAUCUCUCGAGUUGCAGGCUCCACUUUUUUUUUGGGAGUCUCUGAGAUAGGCCACGAAGAUGCUGCAAUUGAGCGUUGCAGUCCCAGUGGCUUCAAUCACAGACUCUCGGGUACAGACUUUUAAGACGGCUGCUAUUUGCCUGCCACGGCAAUCUUCGGCACCGGGGCGUUUCAACUCAGAUCCCGAUGUGCCCCAACUUUGGUUCAAAGACUUCGUGAAUUCAAGACGCUGACUUGCCAGCCAGUGCCUCCUCUUCCCACAGGCGGCUCUUGGUCGUCCUGGUGGCACUGUCUUUUCGAUCGCG